CCGCCCAUUCCAGGCUGGGCCCUAACCCGGGUUGAUGCGCCCGCGCCCGCCGCGCCUAUAAAGACCCUGCGCCCGCCGCCUCCGUCGUUCUUCCAUCUCCAUCACCUCUUCUAGCUUCCCUGCUCUUCUAUACCACAACAACCACAAUGUCUUCUGGAGGAAAAUCUGGCGGAAAGGCUGCGUCCGGCGCCAAGUCGUCGCAGUCCCGCUCUGCUAAGGCCGGUCUCGCCUUCCCUGUCGGUCGUGUCCACAGACUCUUGCGCAAGGGCAACUACGCCCAGCGUGUCGGUGCCGGUGCUCCUGUCUACCUCGCCGCCGUCCUUGAGUACUUGGCCGCUGAAAUUCUUGAGUUGGCCGGUAACGCCGCCCGUGACAACAAGAAGACUCGUAUCAUCCCCCGUCAUCUCCAGCUCGCCAUCCGAAAUGAUGAGGAGUUGAACAAGCUUCUUGGUCACGUCACCAUCGCCCAGGGUGGUGUCUUGCCCAACAUCCACCAGAACCUGCUCCCCAAGAAGUCUGGCAAGCCCGGCAAGGGCCCCAGCCAGGAGUUGUAAAUUGGCAGGUCGUGUUGUCGUCUAUUGUAUCACUAUUUUCGUCAUUUGUUUUCGCUGUUCGGAUGCUAUAGUAAAGGUUAACAUCGAUACCGUGUGAUUUGCUGUUUUUGUUUGGGACUGGUUUAUGUAAUGGUAAUUACAUUGUAUAUUAGAUUUCUCGGCGGUUGUGUAAUGAUAUUUUAUCAAUUCUA